UCAGUUCCGAAAUAUUGAAAACAAACUAAUAAUUGUUGAUCGAGAGUGUAUGUUUUGUUAAUUAUAUUUAAAACAUAAUCUCUAUACUAAUGCGUUGAAGACCUUCUUUUUUUAGUUUUUUAUUCUGAACUCACUGAUUGCAAGUACAAGUCGUAUACGCCCUGAUAUCAAAUAGCACCAAGAUAUAUUGUCCAGACGUCCACUACGUGACAGAUGUAUGCAAUUGAUUCCUACGAGUGUGCUGUGAAUUUAAACUUUUAAACGAUACAUUUCUUAGAGUACUUAGCUGGGAUUAUGAAUACGUACCGCAGACGUGGAUUAGCCAAGGUAAUAGCUGAAAAGGCGUUACUCAGCGAGUCCUUGAAGAACUUAAACAAAGCUACCUGGUACUCGGUGGACAAAUCCCAAUUGGACAACGACGUGUUUUCAAAUUUUGUGCAGAUGCACUCGGACGCGGACACCGAACGGUUCUUGGACGAUUCGAUCGAGCAGAGCGACAGGCUAUUGGCGCAAGUGUGGAAAUCGAUGGUGUCAUCAGUGCUGAACGUGUUCAUGACGAAGACUUCGAUCAACGGGUUGUUGCGGAGAGGAUCCAUGUUCGUGUUUUCCACCGACCAGAUCAGACGACUGCUGAACAUGACAUUUUUCGACAGUGGCUCGACCCUGAUCGACUUGGGCGCCGGGGAUGGGGCCACCACAGAAAAGUACUUGCCCCUGAUCCGCGAGGUCUACACAACCGAAAAGUCAGGGCCAAUGAUCCGGAUUUUGGCUGAAAAGGGUUUCAGAUUGUUGGAUGUCGACACGUGGUGGACUCGCGAAGAAAAAUUCGACGUGGUGUCGUGUCUGAACCUGUUGGACCGGUGCAGCAAUCCGGCAAAGCUCUUAGAUGAAAUGAAAAAAGCCUUGAAACCCAAUGGCAGGAUCGUCGUGGCGCUGGUGUUGCCGUACAAACCCUACGACGAAUUCAGUUCCACGGAACCGGAACAAAAGUUGCCGAUCACUGGCAUAACAUUCGAGGAACAGGUGUGUUCCGCGGUGCACGACGUGUUCGAACCGUCCGGACUGGAAGUUCUUUGCUGGACAAGACUCCCGUACCUGUGCGAGGGCGACCUGAGCCAGGAUUACUAUUGGCUGCACGACGCCGUCUUCGUGAUGUCAGCGAAGACGCAGUCGCAAGUCGUCGAGAACGCAUAGCAUCACUCAACAAAAAUUGUACAGAGUGAUUAUCUUGUUAUCGCUAUGUCAGUACUUUCUACAGAUUAUAUACAAUUUUAUAUAAUCUGUCGUAUUAUUAAAAUAAUUUAAUCGGUGAAUUUAUGUGUUUUUGAAUAUUUUUUUUUUAUAUUAAUAAAAAAAAAUUACACUGUACAUAAUGUAUUAUAGUUUGAUAUAAACAAAUUCACCCACGGGUAUAAUAAUAUUGUCUUCAGGUAAAAUUCAUUUUUGGAAAGGUUUAAAAAAUACACAAUUAUUUAUGUUUAAUAUUAAGUUUAAUUUUUUUUUUUGAAUAUAACGUUAUGGACUACAAUAAAUUUAAUCACACACAUUUUUUUUUCAUACAUCGGAUAUAAAACUUCUUAAGACUACAUAAUAUUAUGUCGCAAAUACAUAACCUAUUAUACCUAUGCAAUAAUUUAUACGUACGACACUAAGGCAUCGUCCAAAUGUCGGGUACGAAAUUGGCAGGGAUUGCAUGAAAACCUAAAUAACUUAUAAUAUGGAAGUCCCCACCAAGUUAGUGGAACGAAAUUUGGACGACCCUGCAGUACACAUUAUGCGCUUUCGGCUUUACACAAAUAGGAAAAUAAUGUCGAAAAUUAUGCAUCAAAUUUUGGAUUUUGGUAAAAAUUAAAGAAUGGAUUAGGAAAGAUCACAGAUACGUUUUUUUCUUCAAAUAAAGACAACUAAAAUAUUACCAUACUAGUAAAAUAAUAGUAAUAAAAAUACAUUACAUUUUAACACACAAAUCACAUUUACCUAUUAUACUGUUGGUAGUAAUAAAUAUUCAUUUUGGAGCUCAAUGUAAACAUUUGUACUUACAAUUGCCACUCUCUUAGUCAAUGAACAUUUAUUUUAACCAUACAAUUACAGAAUCAAACUGAAACAUGCCAAUUAAAAAAAAAUAAAUCAUGGGUACCAUGUUU